AGAUAUUCUGGCUCAAGCCGGUUUUGGCUCAAGCGCUGACGAGUCACGAGCUGUCAGGGCCCAUCAUGACGACAAGGUCCCUGCCCCUCGUCCUUUGCGCGGCGUGCUGCUACGUCGCAGCUGCCUCUGGCCAGGAGUGCUGGGGCAUGGGGGAGACCUGCGGCGACGAUGCGCGGUGCUCGGGCAUGGACACCCGCUGUGGGGACCGCUCCGAGUGCUCCGGCUCCAGCAGCACGUGUGGCGCGAACUCCAUCUGCUCCGGCAUCGGCAGCCAGUGCGGCCCAGGGUCACAGUGCACCGGGCUCGGGUCGCUGUGCGCAGGAGGCGGCCAGCAGGCGCAGUCGGAGAGCGAGGGGCCGAUGCACUUCAAGCCGAUGCAGCCCAUGCACUUCAAGAAGAUGCACUUCGAGCCCAUGAAGACGGAGAAGCCGCAGAAGGUCUUCGUCCACGGUUGCGACCAAGGAGACGUCUGCAGCGGGCGCCCGGACGCGGCGCAGUCCAACGGCGUUACGGUCUGCUGCCAAGAAGGCUGCGCGGAGUGCUCCGCCUCCACGUCGCAGAGCGGCAACGAGCUCACGGCGACCUGCGUCUGCAGCGCGCUCGCGGACGGUGGCCACCAGCAGCAGAUGCAGGAAAGCAGUGAGGAGAAGCCCAUGGAUUUCAAGCCGAUGAAACCCAUGCAGCCUAUGCACUUCAAGCCGAUGAAGCCCAUGCACUUCGAGCCCAUGAAGACGGAGAAGCCGCAGAAGGUCUUCGUCCACGGCUGUGACCAGGGAGACGUCUGCAGCGGGCGCCCGGACGCGGCGCAGUCCAACGGCGUUACGGUCUGCUGCCAAGAAGGCUGCGCGGAGUGCUCCGCCUCCACGUCGCAGAGCGGCAACGAGCUCACGGCGACCUGCGUCUGCAGCGCGCUCGAAGCAACGACAACGGAGCAGCCAAAGCCCCAGGUGAAGGCGAUGGGUUGCGAAAUGGGCAGCGUGUGCCGCGGGCGGCCAGGUGCCGCGCAGACUGCUGGGAUGGAGCUCUGCUGCCCAGAGAGCUGCGCGAAUUGCAUGGUGUACGGGGAGCUGCAGGGUGGCGACCUCACGGAGAUGUGCAUGUGCGCCCUGACCUCGGAGCUCACGGAGGAGCCGAGAGAGCCCAAGGCCAGGGCUGACGAGGGCUGCGCCUGGGGCCUCUCCGACGCCGUGACCCUUGCGGCGCUGACCCUCGGGGCGGGCUGCGUCUGGGCGCUCGUGGCCGCCGGCCGGAAGCUCCGGCCGUGCGCGGCGCGGGAGCCCCUGCUGUCGGCGUAGGGCCAGCGGACGCGUGGGCGCAGGCCUUGGGGGCCUCGUCUUUGCUACCGCCGUGUCAACGGCACACCUUCCGCGCGGCACAGGCACGGACGGGAGGACUUCGGGCGAUCGCGUCCAGACCCUGCCUUGGGCAAGGCUCGCGCCGCGCGGGUGAGCUCGGGCUGAGACGACCACGGACGUGGCGGCCGGCAUGUACAGAUUCUCGGAGCUCGCCCGGGCGGCAGUUUUUCUGCGGCGUGCGUGCCGCGCGGGGCCAGGCCGCCGUGCAGCACCGCCGUGCCCCACUCUUGUGCCGGGAGAGGCCGUGCGUGCUUCCCCCGCCCGCCUGCGCCUGCGGCCUUGGGGCCGGGACUCUUGAAGCCAGCCCAUCGAUGCUGCGGCUGUCUCUCCUCCCUCACCGUUCCCCCCAAAACGGGGAUUGCGAGGAGGGGGGCCCGAGGGGAUCAACAGACUCACAGGCCCGCCCGGGGCACGACGCUCUUGGCGCGGCCUGCUCCUGCUGCUCCCGCUGCCUGCUCUUCGAUGA